AUGACGGUGGGACGUCUGCACAGUGGAAGUACCCCUGAUCACACAGAGCCUCCUGAUCACACAGAGCCUCCUGAUCACACAGAGCCUCCUGAUCACACAGAGCCUCCUGUUGACUACGAGGAUUUAAUGAGUGGUGAAGGUGAUAUGCCCUCUAACUGCACUUAUGUCAGCAUGACGAAGCACUUCAACUUCAAGAACAAAGCCAAGUACCUCUGGACCCGGCCUACGAAAAAUAACAGGAGGCCCACAGAAGUAACCCUGGGUAUAUAUCUCUAUAGCAUCCUAGAUGUGAGAGAAAAGGAACGUGAAUUAGUCUCUUACGUCUGGAUAACUAUGAUUUGGGAGAAUGAAUUCAUCAAAUGGCAGUAUAGAGAGUUCUGUAGGACUCAUGCAUUGACUCUCCCUUCUAAACAGUUGUGGAAACCUGAUAUAUCCAUUGAAGAGGUAACAGAAAAAGACAAGAUCUCUCAGACUCCAUAUCUCACUGUGCUCUUUUAUGGGGAGAUAGUUCUCAGAAAUGAAAUUGAGCUGGUCAGCACCUGCAAGAUGAACUUUUACAAAUUUCCCUUUGACACUCAGAACUGCAGCCUAACCUUCAAGUCAAUCCAACACAGCGCGGGGGAAAUAAAGCUUGUUUCAGAGCAGAGUAAUGAUUAUAUAUUAAAGGAAACUCGUGACCACAUGAAGGAUGAGUCUGAGUGGCUUCUCAUGAACGUGACAGUGGAAACCAAAGAGGUCUACAGUUUUUAUGUUGAAAGUAGCAUGCUCAUUUACACGGUCACCAUAAAGAGGCGAUCAGUCCUCUAUGUGGUCAACUUCAUACUCCCCAUCCUGUUCUUCUUGUUUCUGGACUUGGCCUCCUUCCUCAUCUCAGAGAGCGGAGGUGAGAAGCUCAGCUUCAAGGUCACUGUGCUGCUGGCUGUCACGGUGAUGCAGCUGAUUCUGAACGAUAUUCUGCCUUCUUCUUCAGACAGGAUCCCCCUUAUAGCGAUCUAUUGUAUCGGGGCUUUUGGUUUCAUGAUGCUGAGCCUCUUGGAGACGAUCUUGAUGAUGUACCUGAAGGAAAAAGACGAUGUGUCCCAGGACAAAGAGGCAGAUGAAGACCAAAGCCCAGAAGACAACUGUGGAGAGAAACCAGGAAGAAUGCAUCACUUCUUUAGAGACGUGUAUAUAUCAGUUCCCUGCAGGCGUGUCUUUGAUCUGUCCCCUGGUGAGAUGCCCCCAGAGCUGCUGCCUGAGGUCCCAGAGGUUAGCAGCAGCCAGCUGACCGAGGAGUCCCACGACUCAGAGAAUCUAUUCGAGGAGCUGAGGGAGGUUCUAAAAACAGUGGCUCUGCUUCUCAGCAGCAGGAAGGAAGAAGAGAAACCCGGCUACUGGACCAGGAUGACCAAAACCAUCAACAGAAUCUACUUCAUGUUCUAUUUCAUAUCUACCAGUCUGUUCCUCGGCGUUCUGUUUGCACAUUGGUUUAAUGAAGAAAACGAUUGGUUCUAAAUAAUGAAAGGAACAGCAAACUGAAGUCAUCGUCCCAAUCUCAAUGUCCACCCUCAAACACUCACUGACUCUGAGGCGCGUUCCCACUGAGUCCGUGAGGGCUUAAGGCUGUCCCACUGUCAAAUCAUCAAGUGUGUGAGGGAUCUCUCUCUGACUCUUUGAGCCCUUUAUGCCCCCUUUCCUUAAGUGGGCAUUUGUGCAGACUUAGUGUAAGGGAAUUACCCAGAGUUCAUGUGCAGUAAAAAUUCCUAACAUCACUAAGGUGAGCUUCAUGACGUCAUGCAGGUUUGCAUGAGAAGUCUCAAAGUGCUGUCCCAGUCCAGUUCUACAGUCUGAGCCCUUACAGCCUCCUGCCCUCAAUCACUUUCCAGGUGACGUCAAUUAAGUCAAGAAGGGCUCAGGGCUCAGGGAGGACAUUGAGAUUGGGCCAUUGUUUCAAGAUGUUUAGAGUCAAUGGGUUCAUUCUGAAGAUCAAUCCUGCGUCCUCCAAGUCCAUUCUGCUCUAGUAAAGCCAACGAGGACAGGUUUAUUAGUGACAUCAGGUAUUUAGUCCUUAAGAUAAGAUAGACUUUAUUUGAUCCCUGUUGGGGGAAAUUCUUUUGUUCCAGCAGCUUACAACACGGGACAGGAGAA